AUGGGUGAUCGAUAUAAUAUUCAUAGUCAACUUGAACAUUUACAAUCGAAAUAUGUUGGUACGGGACAUGCGGAUACGACAAAAUGGGAAUGGGCAUCAAAUAUUCAUCGCGAUACAUAUGCAUCAUAUUUAGGUCAUUUUGAUAUGCUCAAUCAUAUAGCUUUAUGUGAAAAUGAAAGUAAAGCACGUGUUAAAUUUCUAUUACUGAAAAAAAUGAUUCAACCAUGUGGACCACCUCAUGAAAAAAUGGAUGAAAGUAUUAAAGAGAUUCAUUUUCUUCAAGAUUCUUCAAUGAUGUCAACAAUUGAAGGUGAUAAAACCAUUCUGAAAACAACCAAUUCUGACGAAACAGAUUCUAGCUCUGCGGGUGCCAGUGGUGAUUCUGAAGCUAAUGGAAAAAUUGUUUUUCUUCUUAAAGCAGUAGGUGGUGCACCAAUAUUGAAAAAGAAAAAAUGGGCAUUGCCAAGAUCAAAAACUAUUGGUCAUAUUGCUGAAUUUCUAAAAAAAUAUAUGCAAUUAGAUGCUGAACAGCAAAAACAAUUAUUUCUUUAUGUGAAUCAAACUUUUGCGCCCGCAUUUGAUACAACAAUUGGAGCAGUGAAUGAUUGUUUUAAUAGUGAAGGAAUUCUUGUUUUACAUUAUACAUUAACACCAGCAUGGGGAUAA